AUGCAGCAAUAAAAGCACAAUGAUCAUGCUGAUAUUAGCAACAUCAAAAAUAUAAACCGAUUUCCUUGGAAACUUUUGAUUCAUAUUAUGCUGAUUGCAUUUACUACUAUGGAAGUAUUACUCAUUUUAGAGGGUUAAAGCGAUAUGACAAGAAGCUAGGAGAAAGUGUUUUAUAAGUAUUUUUUUAAUUCAGAAGAAGAAUAUGAUGAAUUGGAUGUGAAUAGAAAAAUUGAAAGUUUCUCUAAUGAAGAUAGCAAUUUUAUCGAAAUUAGUCAAUCAAAUUUAAAGAUAUUUGAUGAAAGUCAGUUAAGUAACGCAUAGUUCAAAAGAUUAAUUGUUUAAAUUGGAAAGAUAGAGCUACUAUACAAGCUUAACAACAAAUUAUUAGACAAAAAUUUAGCUAAAUCAAUCCCACUUUAUGAAUGGAUCUCUAAAAAAGCACAAUCAGAUGAAUAUGCUCUCUAAUACUGGGAUUAAUAUAUUUGGGUUGAUAUAUGUAUCAUCUUUUUGGCUAUCUCUUCUCUAUUCUUUACUUGGAAAUACAUAUAUGAAGUAGCUGUUCUCUAUAAUGAACUAAAACUUAAGUUUGCAAAGCAAAGCUAUUCAAAGGCUUACAAAGACUAAUAGAAAGCUUAUAGGAAAAUAAGGGAACAGAACUUGAAAUACAAAACAGAACUAUCAGUUGUUGGAUCAGCAAGAGGAGGAUCAGUAAAAGAUUUUAAUGAAUAGGAUGAUGAGGAUUCUAGUGAAGAUGAGAUUCAGCAGUAGACAAAGUAGCCUUAGAAUCUUAAUUUAAGUUAAAAGAUAGAUUUUGAUCAGACAUUUGCCACAAGGAAUGUGAUUGAGCAUCGAAGCUAAUUGCAAGAACAGUUUAACCUUGAGCCUAUGGUUCUAUGGGAAGACUUAACCAUCAAUGACAAGAUAAAGCUAUUUAGCUACUGGUCAUUACUGUCUAUCAUCUCAAACUUGCUUUAGCUUUUUGGAUCGUUGACAAAUUUAAUGAAUGUCUACAACUUUUUAAAUAUUGACAAAACUACAGGAAAUAUAGAACUAUUAAUUGGUCUUGGCUGCAUGUUUGCAUGGAUCGGUUUAGUGAGAUACAUGGAAACUAGUGAACAAUAUUCUAUUCUGGGAAGAACUUUAACACUCUCAAUGCCAAAUGUGAUGAAGACUCUAAUAAGCACGCUCCCAGUGCUAAUGGGAUACACCUUUUUAGGGGUAGCCUUAUUUUGGAAAUCAAACAGGUUUUCAUCAGCAACUGGAUGCCUUACAACACUUUAUGCCUUAAUGUUUGGAGAUAUGGUUUAUGAUACCUUUUAUGAUUUGAGUCUUACUCAUUUCUUCUACUCUCAAGUCUAUCUCUACUCUUUCGUAUUCUUCUCGAUUUGCGUGAUUAAUUCACUUUUUAUUUCAGUUAUUGAAGACGCAUAUGUGACUGCUAAGUACACUACUAGACUUGAUAUGUUCUUAGGUAGGCAGGGCUAAAAUAUUCCAUUAAAGCCUCUAUUGAGAGAUAGAGAUACUCCUGGCGAGGAUAUCUACCUUGGUUAAAUAGAGAAAUAGAGUAAAAAGGAUAAAAAAUCUUAAAAAGCUCUUGAAUAAAUGAUAGAGUAAUCACAACACGACUAUGAUACAAAAGAAAGAACAUAAACUUAAGAUGCUAAUCCUCAGAGAAAAUUAGAGCAUUAUAAAGUACUCGUUAAUUAAGAGUUUGACAAAGGCUUGAAAUCAAUGGAAAAUGUGAUUAAAUAUAGUGGUGAGAUCGUUCAUCAGUUUAGAAUUUAGGAUAUUAGUGAUAGAGAUUUUAGAUUGUUUAAUGUUGACAUUGAUGCAAAGAUUAUUCAGAUGCAAAAUAUGCUUAUCUAAUUAGAAGAAAAAGUCAAAGCUUUGUGA